AAGUGGCGAUAACAGCCACAGAGAUGACUAGCCGGUUCUGAAGACUGUUCCUCCUGUUAAUAAUGCAGAAAUCUUGUUAAUCUGUCACUAGAACCGUAAAAACACCCUUAAAAACCAGUGUAACGUUAGUUCUCUUGAAAUAAGUGGGUGUGCGGCUUGGAAGUGUUUCACAGUGAGAUCCGAAGUGACAGCCUAUCAUCAUAAGAUUUAGUAUCCGUCUUGCCACCUGACGAGAUAAGUAUCCCGUCCCCCCCUCCCCCCACAUCUUUCUUUUUUUUUCUCUCCCUCUCCUUUCUUUUCUUUGAGUGACUUACGCCUCAUAUAUAAGAAGGAGUACAGCACCAGGGGAGACUAGUGCAUACCUGGCUGACUGUGGCGCUGCACGGGAUCUUGAAGUCAGAGCAAUGGACCAGAAUCUGCAGGGUUGGUUCACGGAGAGGUCCCCAGAAUGGCCGGGCGAGGCUUUCUCUCUCAAGGUGAAGAAUAAGCUGCUACAAAAACAAAGCAAAUUCCAGAACAUUGAAAUAUUUGAGAGUACCAACCACGGCAAGGUGCUGGUGCUGGAUGGUGCCAUUCAGUUCACGGAGAGGGACGAGGCGAGUUACCAGGAGAUGAUCACCUUCCUGCCCCUCAACGCUCACCCCAACCCCAGGAAGGUGCUGGUGGUGGGCGGCGGGGACGGCGGCGUGGUUCGGGAGCUGGCCAGACAUCCCGCGGUGGAGGAGGUGGUGCAGUGCGAGAUUGACGAGGAGGUGAUAGAGGCAUGCAAGACACAUGUGCCGUCAAUGGGGUGCGGCUUCUCCAACCCCAAGCUGACCCUGCACACUGGGGAUGGCGCCAAGUUCCUGGAGGAGACGCAGGAGAAGUUUGACAUCAUCAUCACGGACGCCUCAGACCCCGUGGUGCUUGACGGGACGGAUGAGGGGACUAAGGAUGGUCCCGCCGUGUCUCUUUUUAACAACGAAUACUACACCAAGAUGAAGAACAGGCUGGCGGAAGGAGGGAUUCUGUGUUCCCAGGGGGAAAAUAUGUGGCUGGAUGCUGAGAUGGUAGUAACGCUGGUGAGGGGCUGUCGCAAAGUCUUCCCUGUUGUCGAAUACGCCUACACGUGCACUCCGACCUACACAGCUGGUCAGAUUGGAUUUAUUCUAUGCGCCACAAAUCCGGCCACGAACUUGAAGGAGCCAGUAAGGGUGUGGGACCAGAGGACAGCAGCGGAGAUGGGGCUUAAAUACUACAAUGCAAACGUGCACAGAGCUGCCUUCGCCCUGCCCACCUUCAUGUUACAGCACAUUGACUAGCGCAGGGCGGGGAGGAAGACAGGAGGGGACGAAGAGCUUGACUGACUGACCGGCUGGAGUGACUGAGUUAGAAAAUUGCUUCCAAAACGUGUUAUAUAUGGAAAAAAGAGAAGUUAGGAAGGCUAGAAGAGGAUAAGAAGACAAGUAAAUAAUGUAGAGGAAAGAAUUAUUGAACGCGAAGUGUGUUUUUUGAGAACUUAGGCAUGGAGAAAGGAUAAAUAAGGCUUAGAGAAAAAAAAAAGGUAAAAAUGAUGUUUACGAGUGUGAUAAUUUAAAAGAUUAAGUUAAGGAGGAAACAUAAAGGUAAAAUAGGAGAAUAAACUGUUGUGAGAUUUUCAAAAAAGAUUGCGACCAAAAUAAAAGUACAAAGAAUGUUAGGAAAAGAAGGAAGAAAGUUAUAGAAAUACAAAUGAAAGAGUAAACUGUAGCGAGUUUUUUUUAAAUGUUGUAACUGAAAGGAAACUAUGAAUAUUGCUAAGAAAAGGAGGAAUAAAAUUACAAAGGGAUACACAUGAAAGAGGAAGA